AUGGGCGUUGGCUCUCAUUCCGACCCACUACCAUUCGAUAUGAAGUCGGCACUUGCUUUGCUUUCUCUUGCGUCUCUUGUAGCUGCCACUCCGGCUGCCUCCAAUGAAGAGAGCACGCAGCUACGUAUGAGCGUCGAUAAGAUUAUUGCUGAAACCGCUGAAAACGUGUUUGGCGAUGUCUUCCGUGGCGCCGAGCACCUCCUUGACACAGUUCUUCAUGCCGGCGAAAAGAUCUCGAACAAGGUGGAGGACACGGUCCAGGAGUGGAGUGUGGGGAACACCGAGUUUGUGAAGCAGAACGACAUUGUUUAUGAACGCUUCCGUCAUGCAUCUUUCCCAGGAUACCAGAUCCGUGUCAAGAAACCUCAGCUCUGUGACCCCAAUGUCAAGCAGUACAGCGGUUACCUCGAUAUUGAUGAUGACAAGCAUUUGUUUUUCUGGUUCUUCGAGUCGCGCGCCAACCCAGCCAAAGCACCACUGGUGCUCUGGUUGAACGGUGGACCUGGCUGUUCGUCAUCCACUGGCUUGCUUUUCGAGCUCGGGCCGUGCAACAUUGCAAACAACGGCCAAAACACUACAUACAACAAGUACUCUUGGAAUACUCACGCUAAUAUGUUGUUCCUUGAUCAACCCAUCAAUGUUGGCUAUUCGUACUCGAAGAACGGUGGCGUGAAUACCUCUCCAGUCGCCGCGGAGGAUGUGUGGUCAUUCCUCGAACUUUUCGUCAACCGCUUCCCCGAGUACUCAGGUUCUCUCCAUAUCUCCGGUGAAUCAUAUGGAGGCACUUAUCUCCCUAAUAUUGCCCACGUGAUUCAUACCAAGAACAAGGAAAUCAAGGCCCGUGCCACUCAGGGACUCCUUCCUGACAACAAGGUCAAGGUUCUGCAUUUGGACAGUGUAUUAAUUGGAAACGGCUUGACCGAGCCAUACACACAGUUCGCGUCGGUCCCUGAAUACGCCUGCGAUGGUCCCUACCCAGUAUUUGACACCAAUGGCCCACAGUGUACUAGCUUGCGUGCCAAGGUUCCGACUUGCCAGCGUUUGAUUAAGAGUUGUUAUGACUACAACAACCGCUUGUCUUGUGUCCCUGCCGCUCUUUACUGCUGGUCUCAGAUGUUUGGCUCCUUCCAACAACUUGGUCUGAACCCUUACGAUGUACGUCGCAAGUGCAACAAGGCCGAGGAUGGUGAUCUCUGCUACCGCCAGCUUGAGUGGAUCGAGACUUUCAUGAACGAUGACAAGGUCAAGUCCGAGCUUGGUGCUGUCGGUGAUCGUGAAUUCAAGAGCUGCAAUAUGAAAGUCAACCAGGCCUUUAUGAUGCAAGGUGACGGAAUGCACAAUGCCGCCGCAUUGUUGCCCGAGCUUAUCGAAGACGGUGUCCGCCUGCUCAUUUACGCUGGUAACGCCGAUUUUAUGUGCAACGCGAUCGGUAAUCUCCAAUGGCUCGAGGGAUUGGAGACUUCCUUCCAGGCAGAUUUCCAAGCCGCGAAGCAAGUUCCGUUCAUUCCUCUAUCUAGCAAGACAAACAAGCCUGCCGGUUUUGUCAAGACUGCUGGUGGCAAGGGCCAAUUUACCGCCGGAAACGUUACCUACGUCCAGAUUUACGAUGCCGGCCACAUGGUCCCGUACGAUCAACCUGAGGCCGCGUUGGAUAUGUUUGUCAGGUGGAUUAUGGAUACCCCUCUUACUGUCAAUCCUGGUGACGCAUAA